ACUUUUAUGAAAGAUAAAAAAAAGAAACAAAAUGGUCAAGAAAAAAUGUCUAAUGAAAAUAUUGCGAAUCAAAACAAUUUGGAUGUUGAAGCAAUUACAAGUGAAAGCAAAAAUGAAAUUGAAAAUGAAAUCGAAAAUGCAAGUGAAUUUCAAACAAAUAAAG